AUGGCAUCUCGAAGGUUUAAGCAAGCUGCGACCACUGCUAAGAGCACGAAGGCUUCUACCGGUGCAGGAGUAGUGAAGCGCAGUCACAAGAAGCUUCGUUUCCAUGAGAACGGCCUACUCAAUGUUGAGACACAGACGGGAAAGUACCUCAAGAUCGCGAGACAGAACCAGCGGGACUCCCCAUUACUGCGGUUGCCAGCAGAGAUUCGCCAUUUGAUCUUCGGGUACGCACUUGGCGGCAAGACAUUCUAUAUCCAUCACGACGACCGUCAAGGCAUUGCAAAGAAUGAAACGGUCUCAAAGAACACCCUUGCUCUGCUCGCUGUCUGCCGACAGGUCUUUGCUGAAACCGCUUUGUUACCCUUCAGCUCGAACACCUUCUCAGCUACACAUCCCCAAGUGUUCAAUAUGUGGAUUGAAGACUUUCCCUCGGUCUUUGCUGAAGCUGUCACUUCGGUACGCCUUCAUCCCUGCGUAGUGUUCUCUCUUCCGGAUCAAUGGCUCGACCUUCAUGCCGGCAUACCAGAUAGGCAGGAUCUCAGGCUCGGCCACGGAGACAAGCGACUGUCUUCGAACUUGACCUCUCUCAAGGACGUACAGCUUGUUGUGGGCAUGGUGAUAAGAGGCUCCAAGCAAGAUAGCAAGAAGCUGCAAGAACGCGGUUGGCAGUUCAUAAAAGGUCUGUAUGAGGCAGAGAACAGCAAGGUCGAAUUCACCAGAGGUUGGAGACUGCCUUUGCUUUUCUAG